UACGGUAUUAAAUCGCGCGGCUGGCGCACCAUGCCUGAAAAGUGAGCGUAAUUUAGUUUGUAGUUGUAUACAACCAGGAAAGAUGAGGGAAACACCGUUGUCAAACUGUGAACGUCUGUUUCUCCUUAAAGCUAUUGAAAGCAAAAAGCGCUUGGACGGAAGACAGACAUACGACUACCGCAGUAUAAAAAUUAGCUUUGGCACAGAUUAUGGUUGUUGUAGUGUGAAUCUCGGCAAAACAAGGGUUCUGGCACAGGUAUCAUGUGAACUAGUUCCACCCAAAGACUCGCGUCCCACGGAAGGCAUCAUCUUUUUAAACCUGGAGUUGUCACCCAUGGCAUCGCCCGCAUUUCAGACAAACAGACAGUCAGAAUUGUUAGUGACACUGAACAGGCAGUUGGAAAGGUGUCUGCGGAAUUCCAGAUGUAUAGACACAGAGUCUCUGUGUGUUGUCUCGGGAGAAAAGGUGUGGCAAAUCCGGGUAGAUGUUCACGUGCUGAAUCACGAUGGCAACCUGAUGGAUGCGGCAAGCAUUGCAGCUAUAUCUGCUCUCUGCCACUUUAAACGGCCAGACGUCGCCAUCCAGGGUCGAGAUGUUACAGUGUUUGGUCCAGCAGAGAGGGAUCCUGUUCCACUGAGUAUUUACCACAUGCCAGUUUGUGUGAGCUUUGCCUUCUUCCAGCAAGGCACCUAUUUGCUGGUGGAUCCCUGUGAAAAGGAGGAGCUAAUCAUGGAUGGCCUCCUGGUCAUGGCCAUGAACAAGCACAGGGAGAUCUGCUCCAUUCAGUCCAGUGGAGGCAUCAUGCUGCUAAAAGAGCAGGUUCUAAGAUGCAGUAAAAUAGCCAGUGUGAAAGUAUCUGAAAUCACUGAGCUCAUUAACAAAGCCUUGGAAAAUGACAGACAAGCAAGGAAGGAGGGUGGCAAGUUUGGCUUUGUUGAGUCCAUGCCUAAGGAGCGCAUCACAGCCCUGAAAAGAGAGGAAUCUCUGGUGGAGAUGACUGAUGUCCAAGAGACAGCUGAUCAGAUCAUCAGCAAAGCAGCAGCUGGUCAUGAAGUUGUCCCCUCCCCUGUUAUUGUUGCCACGGGAACUGGACAGGUGGGUGAAGGGCUUCAGAACACUUGGGGACUGGAUGAGGAAGAUGAGGAAGAGGAAUCAGGCACAAAAGUUGAGAAGAGAGUUGAAGUGAUCUCAGACAGUGAAGAAGAGGACGUUGUAAUUCUUGAUUAAGAACAAUUCCAGAUGGAAGCCCCCACCACAGAAAUGGAAGAUUUCUCACUGGUUGAAUCCUACACAUCUCCGGACAAAUUCUUCCUUGUCAUUGUUAAAUAAAUGGUUUUAAACAAUGUCGGUAACUAUUAA